CAGAGUUACGUGUGGUUGUACGUUCACUAGCUCUACAAACUAACGCCAACCCCACUUCAAUAUCACACGUUUGGUGAUAAUAUCAGGUUGCCCCCAACUCACGAUGCCCAAACGCUGCCGCUCCAAGAACAACAACAACAACAACGCCAACGACAACAACAACUCUAACAAUCCUGCUGAUACGGUAGCCAUAAGCGGUGUGUCCUUGAUCAUCCCUGAGGAACCUAAAGCCUUGGAGUCCUACUUCGAUCCCAAUGAGAUGAAAAGACAGAUAGCCGAUGCCCUUAAGGACUCGAGUGUCAAGCCUAAAGGCCUAAUCAAGUCCCAGCAGCAGCUAAGGAGCAAGAGAUCGAAGGCUAAUAUAAAUGAGUUCCACGCCCUUUUCGGUGGGAAGAAAAGCGGUAAACUGUCCAGUCCUCAGGUGACUCGUAUGCUUCAUUACGCUGAUGUCGUCAGCAACAAGAACAAUAAGGAAAAUAUUUGUGAACUUGGCGGCAAACUUGAUCAAAUCGCAGAGGAAAAUGACGUGCAAAGUUUGCGCGAGCAGAUGGACUUUGCCAUCAAAGAUGCCAUUCGAGAAAACUCCCCCGACGAGAGAUGGAAGUCGGUGGAUGCUAGUGGAAAACCUCCAUCGCCAACCCAGAUGACACCUAACCCAACUCAGCUGAUACCAAAACCUCAAUCUGCAUCCCAGACGCCCCCUCAAGAUACCCAGCUGAUGCCAACCGAAGCCCAGAUGGUACUCUCAGAAACUCAGCUGGGUCCAAAAUCUCAAUCUCAGACGAAACAAGAAACCCUAACGAUUCCAAAAGGAACCAGUAUUAUCCCUAAAGAAACCUCUUUGAACCCGCAGGCAACCCCUUUGAACCCACAGGAAAACCCUUUGAGCCCGCAGAAAACUCCUUUGAUCCCACAGGAAACCCCUCUGAGCCCACAAGAAACCUUUCUGAUCCCCCACGAUACACCUCUGGUCCCACAGGACCCCAUAGUAAUGCGUACUGCACGCACUUCAAUAUCUGCCGACCAGCAAGAAGUGGCAUCGAGUAAAAUAAAUUCGAUAGGCACGUUGCUCGGUGGCAUUGACCCUGAAGUUCUGAGCGAACUAGAACUGGACGACACCAACUGGGAAGUGAUCAGUGUAGAUGGCUGGUCACAUUGUGGUUCUGACACAGAAGACCAGUUCUACCUUAUCAGUAGAGACGAUGCUCUAGCCAUACAUUCUUUUGACGAGGAUAGUGGCGAAUUUGACGAUGAAGACACUGACGAUCGUAGAAGCAGUGAUCUAAAAGACGAAGGUUCUAGUGGAAAUGCCGAUACCAAAGACGAUAGUGUUAACAUUAGUGAUAGUAUAGACCAAAACCUUCCACGUGUCGAUAGCAACGCAAACAAAGAUGAACUCGAAACAGCGACCAAGGAACCAACUUCAGAACAAUCCAAGAAAUCGAAAGGUAAGAAAAACAAGAAAGGCAACAAGCAACAAACUAACACGAGCAAAAGUGACACAACCAUCCCCGGCAACGACGGCGGGGUGACUGCCUGCCCUACCCCCACCUGCACCAACCCGCAGAAGAAGAAGAAGGUUGUGGUCACCCGCAAGUAUGUCGGAAAAGACGACUUCGGGGAGAAGCUCACUGCCCUUGGCUUCAGCCCUGUCACUGAAGCCGGCAAGUCUGACAGUCAGCAGUGGUCGGGGCUGUACAACGGCAACCAGGUGAUGGUGACGGCACGAGUGUUGUGUGGUGUCCUGUUGGUGACGCUGCGAGCUGAGAGUGAUGGCCUCCUACAGGGCCUCACCACCCUGCAGGGCCUCACCGCCACCACAGGAUUGUUGUCGUACACCAACCUCACCCUGCCAGCCGUACAGCCAGCCUGCUAAGCCAAGCAACCAUCCGUACAGGCAGCCUGCUAAGCUAUGCAGCCAGCUUGCCAGCCGUACAGCCAGCCUGCUUAGCCAAGCAGCUAGCCAGCCGCAGCCAGCCUGUUUGGCUAUUUAAGACUUAAUUCAGCCUAAGACCUAAGCUAUUCAGCCAGUUUCUUCUUGAAGCAUUCAGCCAUAUGCUAGACUUAAAUCAUUCAUAUGUAUUUAGCAUGAAUGCAGUAUACAUAGUCGGUCUCAUAAACACUCUUUUCAAUCAAAGUUACUCUUAUCUUUAACUACUCUGAACAUAUGAGGCCAAGAACAAACUUUAAGUUUUUUUAUAAAUAACGCGGAGCGUCACACACCAUCCCUCGACAGUGGCCAAAGCCACACUGGCUGGAGAGGUCACGCGGUACAUCGCUCAUCCAAGUCAAUUCGCACACUCAUAAAACUAAGGCAUCAUGUUGUCCGAAUAUUGACGCACUUUAUUUGAAUAAUUCGUGCAUUGAGUAGUAGAGUAGCCAUGUUAUUUUAUGCUAUGUUGGAGUAAUAGGGAGAAUUUUUUCUAUAUAAAUGUAGACAAGAAUCAAUUCUCGCAAUAGACGAAAAUGUAUUUUUAUUAUUUUAUGUAUAUUAUCUAUUUUAAGACUCGGCAAUGAAGAAAUUAAAUACGGCAAUGGGAGUAAAUGUAAAGGGGUUGAAAAUGUGAGGGUUAGAAAUGUGCGGGUUGAAAAUGUGGAUGGGUUGAAAAUGUGAGGGUUGAAAUGUGAGGGUGGAAAAUGUGAGGGUUGAAAAUGUGAGGGUUGAAAGAAAAUGUGAGGGUUGAAAAUGUAAGGGGGUUGAAAAUACCCUCUUCAAGUAAUGAAUACUAUUCAGGGGGGUCAUUAUGUGAUGAUGGAGGGGGUUAACCCCCCCCCCCUUUUAAACAGUCACUGCCCGACUGCCUUCCGUGUACGUUUUUUUGUGUGUGUACACGUACGUUUUUUGUGUACGUAUCUCUAUGUGUACGUUUUUUGCUUUGAUUUAAUGCCUGUACGCACACACGGUCUUUAAGCCGCUUAUCUAGACGAUAAUUUCUCUAGGUGGUAGUUCCAAACUAGAAGUUUACUAGGUAGGUGUUCAUGUCUGUACAGAUCGUCAUCUAGAAAAACACAUCUAGCAACAAGCCAUCUUAUCCAGCCGUCACUUCUAGCGUAGCCUCUAGGGCACACAUUCUAGAUCUAGUACUAGUACCUAUCCCUCGCCUAGUGCAAGUGAGCUUGAAUUUCUAGAUGGUCUCGAUACUACUUCUUGCACUAGAGAAUGUCUAGUGCUAUGAGCUGUGGUAUAUAGUAUGCCUAGUUUGAUUGCUCCGUUCUAGAUAAACCUAUCACGCUUCAUUCACCUAGAUAAUUUUCCCUAGAUAUUCGUCUCGUCUACUGUAUCUAGUAAUAAUGUCUAGCAUUUGGUGCGUUCUAGCGGGUCUUUAUCUAGGAUACGUUCAUCUAGCCAUGACUUCACUAGAAACACUAUUCAUUUCUCCUAUUUUCUAUAACUCUAGAAACCUAAUCAAACAAUCUAUAGUACAUAGUACAACACGUUCAUCUAGAGAGCAUCUAUGUAUAGUCUAUGCAUAUGGCAAAAAUUAUCUUAUUUUAAUUUAAAAUAUUUUGUCUAUAGUUUAUAUACGGAAUUCGAAUUUUCCUGUAAAUAAAUAAACGAAUUUAUUUUAGUUAUAUAUUGCAAGUAUCGUAUAGAUUAUUAAUCUAUUUUCGACUGUACUGUGAGUUAUGUACCGUGAAAUUGUGUCUAUUUUGUAUUAUAUUAAACUAUGCAUACGUAUUAUAGCCACGCAUUAGUCUAUGCAUUCAAACGUAUCUAGGAUACGACACUUCGUAUCAUCUGCUUAUACAUAGCCUGUAUAGCCUAUACAUAGACUGUAUAGCCUAUACAUAGCCUGUAUAGCCUAUACAUAGCCUGUAUAGCCUAUACAUAGCCUGUAUAGCCUAUACAUAGCCUGUAUAGCCUAUACAUAACCUGUAUAGCCUAUACAUCGCCUGUAUAGCCUAUACAUCGCCUGUAUAGCCUAUACAUAGCCUGUAUAGCCUAUACAUAGACUGUAUAGCCUACACAUAGCCUAUUAGCCUCCUCUAACCAAAGCCAAGGUCUCAUCAUCUAUGCUGUACCUAAAUAGUCUAAACCAAUUAAUAGGCUAUGCGUUCACUAGCCUAAGCACCCAAGAGACUAUGUAUAGACUAUCCUAGAUCAUCAUUAUAUUGGUUUUUACAAUGAAUGAUUUUAAUCUAUUGGAGUUUUGUCCAUUGAAUUGAAACGCUUCCGGUACGAGAAUAGAUUAUUAGUGUAUUAAAAUAACCGCGAAAAUGAAUCAAAACUGAGUUAAUAGUUUAUUCAGGAUGUUUCUGUAGCCAUUUUAAUCUAUUGUGAUGCGUGAACAAUUUUAUUAUGUAUUCAAAUCACGUUUUAACGAUCUAUAAACUAUGUGUAUCUCUAUCACGUCUGAUCUAUAAUAGACAUUAAGUAUAGCUAUCCUCGAUAAAAUAACAUAAAAAUGUAAUUAAUAAUUCUAUUUAAAUAGUUUAAUCGUCAUCAGUAAAUAGUUAUAAGUUAGUAAUGGUAUAUAAAUUAAUUAAUUUAGAUUUAAUUAUAAACGAUCGUUCGAAGUCGCUUUUCUUCAGCCCGAAAACGUGAUAAAAAACAGUACAAAACUUCAGUAAAAAGUCGUUAAC